GACAUGUUUUCACAAUGUUGCUAGAAAUCUGUUUGAAAAUCUUUUGUAGCUUGUUCGAAAUUAAAACUGACAUCUGCAUUAUAUCUAAUGAAUGACAGUCGCUGGUGUUUAGAAAAUGACGUCUAUAAUCAAGCUUACUGCCCUGUCGGGCGUUCAGGAGGAGUCGGCACUCUGCUACUUACUGCAGGUUGACGAAUUCCGCUUUCUCCUGGACUGUGGAUGGGACGAGAGCUUCUCAAUGGAUAUAAUAGAUUCCAUGAAAAGAUAUGUCCACCAGGUCGAUGCUGUACUUCUUUCCCAUCCUGAUCCUCUUCAUUUGGGAGCUUUGCCCUAUGCCGUUGGGAAGUUGGGCCUCAACUGUACCAUCUAUGCCACUAUUCCUGUUUACAAGAUGGGGCAGAUGUUUAUGUAUGACCUCUACCAGUCACGUCACAACACAGAAGAUUUUUCCCUAUUCACACUGGAUGACGUGGAUUCAGCUUUUGAUAAAAUCCAACAGCUGAAAUACUCACAGAUUGUGAAUUUGAAAGGGAAGGGACAUGGUUUGUCAAUCACUCCGCUCCCAGCCGGUCACAUGAUCGGUGGAACCAUUUGGAAGAUAGUGAAGGAUGGGGAGGAGGAAAUUGUAUAUGCCGUAGACUUCAAUCACAAGAGAGAGAUUCACCUGAAUGGCUGUUCUCUUGAGAUGAUCAGCCGACCGUCCCUGCUCAUCACUGACUCCUUCAAUGCCACCUAUGUGCAGCCUCGUCGGAAGCAGCGAGAUGAACAGCUCCUGACAAAUGUCAUGGAGACGCUGCGCGGCGACGGGAAUGUGCUGAUCGCCGUGGAUACAGCCGGUCGUGUCCUGGAGCUGGCUCAGCUGUUGGAUCAGAUCUGGAGGACGAAGGACGCGGGGCUGGGGGUGUACUCCCUCGCUCUGCUCAACAAUGUCAGCUACAACGUGGUGGAGUUCUCCAAGUCCCAGGUUGAGUGGAUGAGUGACAAGCUGAUGCGGUGCUUUGAGGACAAGAGGAACAACCCCUUCCAAUUCCGUCACCUCACCCUGUGCCACAGCCUGGCAGACUUGGCACGCGUGCCCAGCCCUAAGGUGGUGCUGUGCAGCCAACCCGACCUGGAGUCGGGUUUCUCCCGCGAGCUUUUUAUUCAGUGGUGCCAGGAUGCCAAGAACUCAAUCAUCCUCACCUAUCGCACCACACCGGGCACCUUGGCCCGCUACCUCAUCGACAACCUAGGGGAGAAGGUCCUGGACCUGGAGAUAAGAAAAAGGAUCAAAUUAGAGGGCCGGGAGCUGGAGGAAUAUGUAGAGAAGGAGAAAAUAAAGAAAGAAGCUGCCAAAAAACUCGAGCAAGCUAAAGAGGCUGAUGUGGACUCCAGCGAUGAGAGCGAUAUGGAGGACGAUCUGGAGCAGCCUGCUGUUGUCAAGACAAAACACCAUGACCUGAUGAUGAAGGGCGAGGGAGGGAGGAAGGGCAGCUUCUUCAAACAGGCUAAAAAAUCUUACCCCAUGUUCCCCUCCCAUGAGGAGAGGAUCAAAUGGGAUGAGUACGGAGAGAUUAUCAGGCCAGAAGAGUUCCUGGUACCUGAAUUGCAGGCCACUGAAGAGGAGAAGAGUAAACUUGAGUCAGGACUAACCAAUGGAGAUGAACCCAUGGACCAAGACUUGGCAGAUGUGCCAACCAAAUGCACAGUUAGCACAGAGACCAUAGAAAUUAGGGCCAGAGUCACCUACAUAGACUAUGAAGGACGUUCAGAUGGCGAUUCCAUCAAGAAGAUCAUAAACCAGAUGAAACCGAGACAGUUGAUCAUCGUCCACGGUCCUCCAGAGGCCAGCCAGGAUCUGGCCGAGUCGUGUAAAGCCUUCAGCGGCAAGGACAUCAAAGUGUACACGCCCAAACUCCAGGAGACGGUGGACGCCACCAGCGAGACUCACAUCUACCAGGUAAGGUUGAAAGACUCGCUGGUCAGCUCCCUGCUGUUCUGCAAAGCAAAGGACACUGAGCUGGCUUGGAUCGAUGGGGUCCUGGACAUGCGAGUGUCCAAGGUGGACACCGGAGUGGUCCUGGAAGAGGGCGACCUGAAAGAUGAAACGGAGGACGGGGAGCUCGCCAUGGAGGUGACCCCCGACCCGGCGACCGAGCCCAGCGCCAUGGCGACGCAACGAGCCAUGAAGACGCUGUUCGGCGAGGAUGAGCGGGAGACAUCGGAGGAAAGCGAUGUCAUUCCCACCCUGGAGCCCCUGCCAUCAAACGAGAUCCCCGGUCAUCAGGCGGUCUUCAUCAAUGAGCCACGCCUGUCAGACUUCAAACAGGUCCUGUUGCGGGAGGGCAUUCAGGCGGAGUUUGUGGGCGGAGACCUGGUCUGUAACAACCUGGUGGCUGUGCGCAGGACGGAAGCUGGACGGAUCGGGCUGGUGGGCUGUCAGUGUGAAGACUACUAUAAGAUUCGUGAACUGUUGUAUCAGCAGUAUGCCGUUGUGUAGAGAGCUCAGCUCAAAUGGGCACUACCUGAGUCCCCUGUGGACCUCUCCAGCUGUCUCAUCUCCAAACGUGUCCUGAUUUUCUUCCUCUUUUGUUUUUUUGUUUUUUUUUGUUUCCUCUCUUUGACUUAUUUUGUGGUUAUUUUUCUCGCCGUUCGUACCCUGAAGUGUGCGGCAGACGUUCUCCUGGACUGACCUCUCUGCAGACUUGUUUCUCCCAAGUCCCGCGGAGUCUUGUCUUCAAGAGAUGAAGAAAAAAAAUGUCUCCCGCUCAACAUCAUCCAUCACAGGGUGGAAUUUACAACUUUGAAACUUUGUACAUGA